AUGACGCUCAACUCAGAGCCCGCCGAUCCGACGCAACGCGCCCAGCACGGUCUCGAGCCAAAGAGUUUUGCUGAAGCUGUCGAGGAGGCAUUGGAACGCGACGACGAUAACUAUCCCCUCGACGAAUCUAUCAUCAAAGAGUCACCACCACAGCUCCACCACACACGCAGCACCAGUGAAGCGCGUCCAUUGGGCGAAGUCAUUGACGAGAUUGAGCGAAGCCCAGCACCGGGAAGUCCUGUACUACGCCACCCUCGCGGUCGCCUGGAGAAUAAGAAGAGCCACGACAGUCACAUCGAUACUGCGGAUAAAUCGAGCGCAAUGUCUAAUGGCUCAUUCGACGGUCACCAACAUGAUCAGCACAAUGGCCUCAGUCUUUCAUCAAGACAGGACAAGAUCGAGCCAUCGGAGCAAGAGGACUCAGAAGGAAGACCUCAGCUCUCGCGCCAGCUGUCGCUCGUGUCGGGUCGCAAAGCAGGCGCAGGCUGGGCAUCAAGCGCAAUUCGUUGGGCACCGCUCAAUGUCCCGGUCCAACGACGAUUACAAACACUAGUUGUCCUGCUGCACACCAUCUCAAUCGUUGGCAUGCUCGGAAUUUUCUUCUUCAUCUGUGCCAUACCACUGUCGUGGCCCCUUGUCGUUCCGUAUCUCAUUUACCUAACAUUCUCCCGAGCUGCUGUAGAUGGCAAGCUCGCGCAUCGAUCUGAAUGGCUGCGCUCGAGCAAGCUGUGGUCCCUCUUCGGUGCAUACUUUCCUGCUCGUCUACACCGGAGCCAAGAGCUUGAGCCUACCAGGAAAUACAUUUUUGGCUAUCAUCCCCAUGGAAUCAUCUCACAUGGCGCCUUCGCUGCCUUUGCGACCGAGGCUCUAGGCUUCGGUCAACUAUUCCCGGGUAUCACAAACACUCUCCUCACCCUGGACGCCAACUUCAGCAUCCCUCUGUAUCGAGACUGGGCACUUCGCUUGGGCCUUGCCUCAGUCAGCCGCGAAAGCUGCGAGAAUCUAUUGUCCAAGGGUGGUAUCAAUGGGGCAGGAAUGGGACGCGCGAUCACGAUAGUCAUCGGCGGAGCCCGCGAGAGCCUAGAUGCUUCACCAAAAUCGAUGAAACUCGUGCUCAAGCGACGCAAAGGCUUUGUCAAGCUCGCGAUUCGUACGGGCGCUGAUUUGGUGCCCGUGCUAUCCUUCGGCGAGAACGAUCUAUACGACCAGCUCGACGGCAAGAGUCAUCCCUUCGUUCACAGACUUCAGCUCGUAGUGAAGAAGUUCAUGGGCUUCACGGUUCCACUAUUCCACGCCCGUGGCGUGUUCAACUACGAUGUCGGCAUCAUGCCCUACCGCCGACCGGUAAACAUUGUCGUCGGAAAGCCGAUCCGCGUGCGGCAAGCGGCACAGCCAGAUCCGGCCUACGUUGACGAGCUCCAUGCGAAAUACGUCGAUGAGCUUGUUGGCAUUUGGGAGGCGUGGAAGGAUGAUUUCGCGCCGAAUCGGGAGUCAGAACUUGAACUUGCCGAGUAA